GAAAGAAGUCACCUCUUCCAGGUGCAUGUCUUAGUUUUCAACUGAGCACAUGGCAUCAGCUGCUACACCAGCAUCUCCUUCUACCAAGGAGACAACCAACUAUGCCCGACUCUGUCGCCUUCUGGUGGAUGUUGGAUCCCAAGCCUUGAGAGACACUUUUGAUGCCAUUCACCCCCCAGUAGGACUUCAUACAGUUUUGGGGCGUCACCCAGAGCAUGCAACACUAAAGUCUCUAAAGAGCAAGAGGGUGCUGAAUGCAACGCAAUGGGGGAAACUAUAUCCAGCUAUUCCAUCAUCUGUUUCAUCGGCAGGGUUUGAUAUCACACUACUGAUGGUUUUACUAAGGAACAUCUGUGGGAUAGCUCCUCCCAGCACUGGAUGGGACAGACUUCCCCCGUCUACAGAUUUGAGUAAGCAGGCCAACAUCGCCAGGCUGAAAUACUACCGUAAUACUGUGUAUGGCCAUGCCAGCCAAGCCUCUGUGGACGAUGUUGCAUUCAACAACUACUGGCUGGACAUUAGCAAUGCCAUAGUAGGAAUGGCAGGAGCGGGUUAUGGAGCGGCUAUCAAUAAGCUUAAGAUUGAGUGUAUGGACCCUGAUACUGAAGAACACUACAGGCAGCUGCUGAAGCAGUGGAAGGAAGAUGAAGACAAUGUUAAAGAAAAGCUCCAAGAAAUUGAAGCCAGCACAUGGAACAUUAAAAAAGAUCUUAAUCAGGUGAGAUGUGAGGUCGGAAAUGUUGUGGAAAAAUUGGAUACGAUGAUGGCUCGACAAGAGGAAACAAAGGAUCGAGAUAAAGUGACGAAUGACUUUGACUGGAUGAGAACUGAAGUUGGAAAUCUACGUGACAAGCUGGACACUUUAAUGGCACGACAACAUGAAGCACAAGAUCAGGAAAAAAUGACAAAUGACAUUGAUCAGAUGAGAAGUGAAAUUGGAAACAUACAUGACAAAUUGUCAAGUUUAAUGAUGGCCCGACAAGAGGAAACACAGCAUCAAGGGGACGUCAAAAAUUACCUUGAUGAAAUCAAGAUUGAUGUUGGAAACAUGAGUCUCAGGUUGGAUGAUCUGGUAGCACAACAAAGAGAAACAAAGCAGCAAG